AUGGAUAUGAAAUGCCCAGGAUGCUAUAAAAUCGCCAUGGUCUUUAGCCAGGCACAAACAGUAGUUUUAUGUGUUGGUGGCUCCACUGUUCUCUGCCAGCCUACAGCAGAAAAAGCAAACCUUACAGAAUAA